AUGCCCCGCCAAAAUUUUUGUCCUCUAGACUCACACGCGCCCGACUUUUUCCUUAUCUUCCUUCGUCCCCUCCAUUUUUCUUUGCUUCUUCUACAGUCCAAUUUCUUUAUUUCUCCUCUAAUACUUUGGACUUUUCACUCAAUCACCAUGGCGACCGACGGCAGCGACCCAAUUCCUCCUCACAAGACCUUCGACACCAUCUUGGUGCUCGACUUUGGGUCCCAAUACUCACACCUCAUCACUCGCCGCUUGCGCGAACUCAACAUCUACUCUGAGAUGCUCCCGUGCACCCAGAAGCUCGCCGAUCUCGAUUGGACCCCCAAGGGUAUCAUUCUCUCCGGCGGUCCCUACUCGGUUUACUGGGACGAUGCCCCGCACGUCGACCAAGCCGUUUUCGAAAUCGGUGUCCCAAUUUUGGGUAUCUGCUACGGUCUUCAAGAGAUUGCCUGGAACUUCGGCAAGAACGUCCUUGCUGGCGAGAAAAGGGAAUACGGCCACGCCGCGCUCAAGAUCGAGCGUCAUGGCGACGGCGAGACGGGAGGCCAUGUGGAUAAGCUGUUCGCCGAAAUUGAGGACGACACUGAGGUUUGGAUGAGCCACGGCGACAAACUCAGCCACCUCCCGGAAGACUUCAUCACCAUCGCUACUACCAAGAACGCGCCGUUCGCUGGUAUGGCUCACAAGUCGAAGAAAUACUACGGCAUCCAAUUCCACCCCGAAGUCACACACACGCCCAAGGGCAAAAUUGUGCUUAAGAAUUUCGCGGUAGACAUCUGCCAGGCCAGAACCGACUGGACCAUGGGCAAGUUUGUGGACCAGGAAAUCGAGAGGAUCAGGAAGUUGGUAGGAGACAAGGGCCAAGUUAUUGGUGCUGUGAGCGGUGGUGUCGACUCCACUGUCGCAGCCAAGCUCAUGAAGGAGGCCAUUGGGGACCGCUUCCAUGCUGUGCUGGUAGAUAACGGCGUGCUCAGGCAGGACGAGGCAAAGCAGGUCAAGGAGACAUUGACUGCAGGUCUGGGCAUCAACCUUACCGUCAUCGAUGCCUCGAAGCGUUUCCUGGACGGCCUUAAGGGUGUUACUGAACCUGAGAAGAAGCGUAAAUUCAUUGGCAACACCUUUAUCGAGGUCUUCCAAGAGACCGCCAAACAGAUUGCGGCCGAGGCCCAUGGCUCAUCUGCGGCUGGCGAGAUCGAGUGGUUACUCCAAGGCACACUGUACCCCGAUGUCAUCGAAAGCAUCUCUUUCAAGGGUCCCUCCGCCACCAUCAAAACCCAUCACAAUGUCGGCGGACUUCCCAAGGACAUGAAUCUUAAGCUCAUCGAGCCUCUGCGAGAACUGUUCAAGGAUGAGGUCCGUGAGCUCGGGAAGAACCUCGGUAUUCCGGAGGAUCUCGUCUGGCGUCAUCCUUUCCCAGGCCCAGGUAUUGCUAUUCGCAUCUUGGGAGAAGUCACCCCCGAGCAGGUCCGCAUCGCGCGAGAGGCCGAUGUCAUCUUCAUCGAGGAGAUCAAGGCUGCGGGUCUGUACAGGCAAAUCAGCCAGGCUUUCGCAGCAUUGCUGCCAGUCAAGGCUGUCGGUGUUAUGGGUGACAAGAGAGUGCACGAGCAGAUGAUUGCGUUGAGGGCGGUCGAAACCACCGACUUCAUGACCGCUGACUGGUUCCCAUUUGAUGGCGCAUUUUUGAAGAAGGUGUCGAGGAGGAUUGUAAACGAGGUGGAUGGAGUUUGCCGAGUGGUUUACGACAUUACGAGCAAGCCUCCCGGUACCAUUGAGAUGGAAUAAGGUAUUUCCGGGCUGAUACAUGCCAACACGAUGUAAAUGGAAAAUUAUGAUAGAUACUA